CUUCAUCCAUGCGGGCGGAGGCGCGCGGCGCCGGCGCCUGGGAAGCCAUCCUCUGCCCUCUCACCCUCGUGGGGGUCGUCCUCGCCGCGUACCGGCCGCUCCUGGACCACGACGGCGGCUGGGGCCUCGCUCAGGAGUGGGACGACCGCAACAACUUCCUGGAGAACGACCUCGUGCGGCGGCCGCUGAGUCGCGAGACGCUGCGCGGGAUGUGGAGCGCGAGGCGCAUCAACGUCUUCGAGCCGCUCGGGUGGCUGCUCAAGGCGCGCGCCCGCGCGGCCACCGGGGGGAGGGGGAGCGGGUCCGGCCAGCGGCGCGCGCGCAGGCCGUCGUCCAGCGGCUGACGGCGCGCCUCGACGAGGCCUCGGGCCUCCUGACGGUCGACGGGUGGUACCACCGCGUCGCGACGCUGGCGUUCCACGCGGCCAACGCCGUCGCGCGCGGCGCACGGCGUCUCUCGUCGUCGCCCGCCGCGACGGCGCACGCGCGCGCGCGCAGGCUCUGGGCGCUCUGCGGCGCGGUCCUGCGCGCCGCCCGCGUCGGCGGCGACGCGCGGACGCGGCACGCGUGCGCGUUCGUCGCCGCGGCGUGGUGGGCCGCGCACCCGGCGCACGCGGAGGUCGUCGCGUGGGCGUCCGCGCAGCCGUACGCGCCCGCGGCGCUGCUCGUGCUCCUGGCGCUCCGGAGCCACGUCGCCGUGGUCGAGGCCGACGGCGCGGCUGGUGCCGCGCUCCGCGCCGCCGGGCCCGCGCUCUACCUCGCCGCGACGCUCUGCAAGAGCGUCGUCGUCCCGGCGCCGGCGGCCGUCGCCGCGCUCGACGCGACGCUGCUCGCGCGCCGCGUCGGGGCGCCGCGCCUGCUGCGGCGCGUCGCCGCGACGACCGCGCGGGACCUCGCCGGCUACGCGGCGGUCGCCGCGGUCGUCGUCCCCGUCACGCUCCGCGCGAACGCGCUCGGCCACGACCCGGACGCCGACGUUAUCGUACUACACACCGGCGCGCAGCGCUGCGCCAAGGCGCUCGUCACGAUCUGGUUCUGCCUCGGCAAGGCCGCGUACCCGGCGGGCCUGAGCCCGCACUACGCGCUCCGGGACCUCUACUUCGAGGCGGGCCACGACGACGGCGAGGCGCGCCUCGCGCUCGCGUGCUUCGUCGCCACGACGGCCGGCUGCGCGGCGCUCGCGCUCGCGGGGCUCGACGGCGGCGCGGCGCUCGCGGCGUGGGUCUACGUCGUGGCCGCGUUCCUGCCGACGUGCGGCCUCGUGCAGCACGGCAUGGUCCAGAAGGGCGGCGACCGCUACCUCUACCUGCCGACGCUCGGCCUCGCGGUGCUCGGCGCGGUGGCGGUGGCGGUGGCGGGCGACCGCGCGCGCGGCGGCUCCGGCUCCGGCGCCUCGACGAGCGGCGCCGGCGCGACUUCGGCGCCUCCGCCGCCGGCGCCGGUCGCGCCGGUGCCGCCGCGCCGCCGCGCCGCCGCGGCCGCCGCGGUCGCGGUCGCGGCGGCGGCGCUGGUCGCGGCGCUCGUCGACGCGACGGCGGCGCUCGCGCCGGCGUGGCGCGACGACGUGCCGCUCCUCGAGCGGUGCCUCCGGGUCGACGCCGACGACUGGCGCUGCCUCGACACGUACGCCGAGUACCUGAUGGCGCGCGGCGACCGGGGCGACACGGCGCGCGACCUGAUGGCGCGCGGCCUCGCGGCCGUCGAGCGGCUCGGCGUCCCCGAGAGCCCCAAAACGCUUGUCUUCCGCGGCAAGGCCCUCGUCAUGCUCGGCGAGCUCGACGCCGGCUGCGCGCUCUUCGACCGCUGCGUCGAGCGCUUCCCGCACGCGGGCUUCGCGUGGAUCGACGCGGGCAUCUGCGCGCUCCGCGACCCGGCGCGGCGCGAGGCCCAGGAAGCCACGUUCGAGAAGGCGCUCGCCCUCGCGCGGCGGCCCGAGCACGUCGACGCCGCGCGGGCCAACCUCGCCGAAUUCCGCCGCUGGCGCGACUCGGGCUGGGCGGGCACCUUCGACGGCACGCUCGUCUACUAGGCCCCCAUCUUUUG